AGACGGGCUGGACCCGGAGCUCGCCGCGCUGGCCGCCGGCAACGUGCCCGCCGACGGCGGCGGCGACGGCGGCGCGCCGCCGCCGCUGGCGCACGAGGAGGAUGAGGUGGAGGCGGACAUCAACCGCCGCGAGGCGCAGCUGUUCUCUGAUUGGGUGGCGGAGGCGCGGCGGGCCGCGGCGGUGGAGGCCGCCGCCAAGAUUCAGGCGGUGGAGGAGAGCGCGAUGGUGGGGCCCACGGCGCCGCCGCCCGGCGCCGGUGGCGGCCAGUACGAGGCCGACUAUGGCACGCACCUGCGGCCGGGCGAGGGCGAGGCCAUGGCGGCGUACGUGCAGGCGGGCAAGCGCAUCCCGCGGCGAGGCGAGGUGGGGCUGGACUCCAACCAGAUUGAGAAGUUUGAGCAGAUCGGCUAUGUGAUGAGCGGCAGCCGCCACUCCCGCAUGAACGCCGUGCGCAUCAGGAAGGAGAACCAGGUAUAUACGGCUGAGGAGAAGGCGGCCCUGGCCAUGUUCAACUUUGAGGAGAACAAGCGCAAGGAGCAGAAGAUUUUGGAGGAGAUGCGGCGCUUGGUGGACUCCACGCUGGGGCAGGGGGAUGAGGAGGAGGCGGGGCCGCCGCCGCCGCCCGCCUGAGCGGCGGCGGGGC